UGCGCAAAGUGCCGCACAGGCGCGCCGUCAGUCGUACGGGAGCUGUGAAGCGGUGCCCGGGAGAGCUUGCCGUUAUCUGAUGCCUGCGGAAUUUCCCACUGAUGCUCAUUGAAUCCGAAAUAGCACCGAAUGUUGUUUACCUCAGUUAUUUUAACAAGCUUGCUGUGAGUUAACGAAUGUUCGGACAGAGUUUUUGGUCUUAAGUCCCGAACGUCAUAAGCUUCAAGCAGCAACCACAUCAUAAACUACUUUUCUUAAAAAAAAAAAGAAAGAAAAAAGCAUCGCAACAUGGCGUCUGGAGUCAUGUUUUUGAUUUUCAUUUGUUUUUCGGUAGCUGAAAGUGAAAUUCACACUCUUGAAUACAUCUACACUGCCCUGUCAAAGCCUGUAGGUGCUCCUGGUGUGUAUGAGUUCACUGCCAUGGGGAUUCUGGAUAACGAGCAGAUUGACUACUACAACAGCAAGGACAAGAGCAAGAUUCCCAGGCAGACGUGGAUGUCUGAGAGACUGGAUGGUAAUUACUGGGAUAAAGGCACUUCAUCUCGCAGGAGCAAGGAGCAGUGGUUCAAAGUCAAUGUUGAGAUUUUGAUGAACCGAAUGAAUGACAGCAGGGGGGGUCUCCAUGUCCUGCAGUGGAGACAUGGCUGUCAGGGGGAGCCUCAGCCUGAUGGCACACUGGCCUUUCUCAGUGGUUUUGAUCAGUAUAGCUAUGAUGGUGGGGACUUCCUCUCCUUUGAUCCAGGAAAUUUGCGAUGGAUCGCCCCAGUUUCUCAAGCUGUGCCCACCAAAAACAAAUGGGACCACUCACAAACCCUCAACCAGUACACAGAGGGGUAUCUAAAGAGGGAGUGCAUGGACUGGCUGAACAAAUUCAUGAGCUAUGGAGAAAAGGACCUGAAAAAUCAAUCUGCUCCCGUGGUUUUUACUCGUGCUAAAACAGCUAAAACCCCCGGCAAACUGAUUCUUCAUUGCCUGGCCACUGGAUCGUACUCCAGGGAUGUGGAAGUCGACAUCUACAGGAUUGAUUUCAGCAUGACUGAAGCUGAAGGGGUGAAUUCCACAGGCAUCAGACCCAGUGAAUUCAGUGCUGACGGGUCGAUGGCAAAGACGUACCAGCUGAAGAAGUCGAUUGAGAUACUCGAGUCUGACUUGGAUCUAUAUCGUUGUAGAGUCAUGCACAGGACCUUGGAUAAAGUAAUUGUUCACAAAUGGGAGCCUGAAUCUGACCAGGGAAUUAUAAUUGCCAUUGCUGUGUCCUUGGUGUUACUCAUCGUCUGCAUUGUGGCCACUGUUGCUGUGUUCCUGGUUCUAAGACGUAAAAAGAAAAAGGAUGUGCCCUCAAGUGGAAGCUCCACCUCUACGGACAUAAAGAUGGAAGCACAGUCACUGGAAAAUGGGAAGCCCAAUGGGACCUGCAGUCCAGAGGCAGAAAAACUGAUGCUCCCAAAUGGGAAGCCCAAUGGGACCUGCAGUCCAGAGGCAGAAAAACUGAUGCUCCCAAAUGGGAAGCCCAAUGGGACCUGCAGUCCUGAGGCAGAAAAACUGAUGCUCCCAAAUGGGAAGCCCAAUGGGACCUGCAGUCCUGAGGCAGAAUGACUGAUGCACCCAAAUGAGGUAAGAGUGGACUGAUGCCCACCUUGAUCAAGAGGCUCCUCAAGACCUUUGUUACAAGUCGCCCGCUUCAGUCAGUAAUUCAACGCUGCUCAGUGCUCCCUCCACCACAUGAGAAGUGUCACUACAGGUGGACCUCCUGUGUGGUUCCUCGAUGGUGGGAUGAGGUGCCGAACAACAUCUGGUCAUCAGGCACUCUCUCCACCUUGCAGAAAUGCCCCAUCAGUUCCAAUAAUAUCUCUGCUAGUUUAAAGCCUCUCUAUGUUCCGUUAAUGUUUUUCAUGUUGCACUUUUGGUCAUUGCAUGGGGUUAUUAGGUUAUCGCUUUACUGGAUGGUCUAGUUCUUGCACCUGUGUUACUUACACUUGUAACUGGGCAUUCAUUGGAAGCUCAGCCUAACUACACCUAAGUAUAGUUGACUCUUCAACAGCACUGUAGGAAAAAUUAGCUCAAAUAAUUAACAUUUUUAAAUUAAUUAUUUUAUUUAACCUUUAUUUAUCCAGACAAGUCCCAAAGAACAAUUUCUACCAAUAUGUAGGGAAAUUAAUUUUGUUUUUUAACUAUUAAUUCAUUAUUAUGUUGAAUGUUUUGAAUGCCAUGAACACUAUUAUGGAAGUCCUAGUUAGUCAGUCACUGGAAGAUUCAGAUCCAGGCUAUGCAUGGAAUUUCUGGGUUACAGUGUGACUUCACUGGGGUUAGAACUGUCCUCCCGCAAACAGACUCACCCCAGUUAAUGUGGUGAGUCUGUUCAGCCUCGAGCAAAGGAGACUAAGGGGGAACAUUAUCCAGGUGUAUAAUUCUAACAGGUCUGGAUGCUCUUCAGCCAAAUGGUUACUUCAGUAUUAGUUGAAAUACUAGAACUCGUGGCCAUAAGUGGAAAUUAGCGGGAAAACAUUUUAAAACGAAUUUGAGGAAGCACUUCUUUACACAGCGUGUAGUUGGAGUAUGGAAUAGUCUUCCUGUUAGUGUAGCACAAGCUAAAACCCUGGGUUCCCUUAAAUCAGCUAGAUAAGAUUUUAACAGCUCUGAGCUGCACUACAACUAACAGACGCUGGGGGCAGUGUGUGGCUCAGUGGGCUAAGCCUCUGUGUCUGUUGCUGGAAGGUUGCCAGCUCAAGCCCGGCUUCGGCACAUCUGUGAGUCCUUAAGCAAGGCCUUAAUCCCCAGCUGCCCGCGUGCUGCUAUAGGUGGUUGGCCAGCUUCAUGGCCAGCUUGCUCUCACCUACAGGUCAGAACUUUGUGCGUGUGUGAUCAUACACUCCAUAAAUGUGUAAUGUGGUAUUUGCUGCACUCAUAUAUUGAUUUGUAUAAAAACAUUUGCUAAUUGAAAAUGCAAAUACAUUUCAUAAUUGUGUGCAAUGCAUGAGGCACACAGUGAUUGUGAAAAUGUUACCAGUAAUUUAUGCCUGGGUUUUGUUUGGCUUCCUGGUAGGCAUAUAGUUUGGGAGCUGUUGCACAAAAAAAAUUUAAUUUUUAGGUAAACGUGUCAAUAGUUUUCCUAGUCUCUGCCAGAAAAUAAAGUCGGAACUCUGCGUUUUAUAAA